UCAGGCCGAUAUCUUCAGUGACCUUGAGUAACCUUGUGUUUCUUUUGAGGGUAGAUCUUCAAUAUCUAACGAGAAUACAGCUCGAGAGAUAACGGUUUGUGCGUGUCGGCCAUGAAUAAGGUAAGCAUCAGCAGAGAUUGGUCAUGUUUGCAACCUCUAGAUCUGUAUGCGUACCUUGAUGUAAACAAAGUCCAAAUUCUUACUCCUCUGUGAUUGCUGGAUUCUGCUGGAUGGAGAGACUUCCGUUUAACCCCACUCUAUUUUAAAACAAAGCCGUAGUCCCAUAAGUAAUUUUUUUCCCCAUUGCUUUCUUUUUUUCAAGGACUGUAGGCAUAAUAAGGAUGGGGUUCGGCGGAAAUUUUGAGCUUGAUUUAGCAAAACUUUAAAGUGGAGUUUUUUUUCCCAACACGAUGUUUAAUUUUUCUUGAUCGUCAGCCUCUUCUUGGGAAUGUAUCUUUCACGAAAGGAGUCCGCCGCUUUUUGUAUGCAGUGACACCUAAAGAAGCUUCGUUUGCUAAACUUGAUGACGUACCGGACUAUCUAAACGAAGUGAGUACCGGAAUAAAGUGAAAUGCAUGCAGUAAGGAAAAUGGCGUAAAUUCGUCUUAAUCGUCAAAUCCACCCUGCUGAUUUAGCUUUCAUGAAUUGGAUGAAAAUUCGUCAAAAUCGUCAACUCCGCCAAGUUAAUUUCUUUGAUGAAUUUUAGUAAAAUUCAUCAAAUUGUCAGUUGCCCCAAGCUGAUUUUACUUAGGACGAAUUCGACUAAAAUUUGUCAAAAUUGUCAAUUCCGCCAAGCUGAUUCCCUAUGAGAAUUUGACCAAAAUUCGUCAAAAUUUUGAAUUCUGCCAAGUUGAUUUUGCUUUGACAGGUUUUGACUUUAAUUUGCCAAAAUCGUCAGAUCCAUGAACAUUCACUCCGUUUGACGAAAUUUGUCAAAUCUGUCAUUUUCGUUACUGCAUGCAUUUCUGAACAUAAGUGAACUAACGUGCCAAGACCUCUGUUUGAAAAUUGGGCUCCUGCUUAAUAGACAGGGUACAAUGCUAUGGAUGCAACCCUUGGAGAGGGUCUUAUGUACCAAUUGCCCUGGCAAAGAUCAUGUAAUUCUCAAGGAAAAGCUAGCUUAAUUAAUGAGUCAUUGACAGCUGAGGCCAUUCUCAUGGCAUCUGCACUGUGAGCUGAUCCCUUUGUCUGUCAUAUUUGGCUGGAAAAUUAACAUUUAUUUUACCUCUUUGCCUUUUUUUAGGCUGUUCCUUUCUUCUUUGGAGCUAUAGCUUUAGAGUACAUAUUAGCUUUUCUGACCAGACUUCCACCAGCAAGGUUGAAUGAUGCAUUCAGUUCCAUUGCUGCAGGAACUUUGUCGCAGUUGUCCAAGUAAGGAGAUGUUUUAAUGAAUUUUUAUAAUGUGAUAUCAUGUGAGAUCUUGUUCUAGUUAAUGCUAUCUUUUGCAUCUUUGCUACUUUGUUUUGUGUUGUUUGAAAUUUUUUUUUUUCAUGAAGUUCAAUUUCUAUAGGCUGAACCAUCUGACCCACUGUGAUGGCCAAAAAUACUUGUACAUGUCCAAACAGUUGAAGUGAAGUGAACAAUUGAAGCAGUUGCCAAAAUAAAAUUGCAAAUAACAAAUUACUCCAAUCAUAUGUAAAGAAACUGAAAAACAAGAAAAAAUAAUGAACAACAAAAGACACUUAUAAAUGUUGUACAGGAUCUGCUACAAAUGGCUGAUGAUAUAAAACAAUUGAUUGAGAAAUAUCCAUGCAGUUAAACAAUAAAGCUGAAUAAGGAAAAAUUUUGGUAUGGAACUUUUAUGAAUGAUGCCCAAAAAAGGGAAAUUAUGCAAAAAAAAAAUUAACAGAAUAUUAUUGAAAACAAAAGAACUAAACAAAAAUGCAACAGAGAGAAAAAAUAUGUGCUUAUAAUGAAUAGCAUUGGCAUAAUUUUUGGCUGUAACAUACACAUUUCCUAUGGUUAACCCUUUAACUCCCUUUUGUGACCAAGACAGAAUUUCUCCUUGCAGUAUAAAUACAACAUCAAGCAGACAAGUGAUGAGAAUAAAGAAAAAUAUCAAUUAGGGGAUUAUUAGUUGAUCCAAUACCAAAUUCUCAAAACUAACAUUACAAGAACUAUAUGACAGACAGUAAGGAGAAUUACUAAUGAGAUCGUGGGAGUUAGAGGGUUAAAAUGACACUUAUACCUUUCCUCUCAUGGUGUACUACAAGUUAUUUAAAUAAUAUCUAAAGGCAGGGUUAUAAGUAUGAACCCUAAUCUGUUCUUGACAGCUGGUUUUUUCCUCUUUCAACAGGAUAAUUAUACUGAGUGCUGAGCUUGCCCUUUAUGUAUUUAUUUAUGACAAUUUUAAUCUGAUUACAUUACCAUGGGAUUAUCCUGGAACAUGGUACUUUUGUUUUAUUGGAGUGGAUUUUAUCUACUACUGGUUUCACAGAGCUGCUCAUGGUAAGAAAAUUAUUAUUUACAAAGUUUGUUUUCCUUAUUCAAAGUCCCUCUGUAAUAUUAUUGGUAAUAGACAUGUACUAUGGUAAUAGUAGAAUAGUAUUGGCCACAAGUGGUCUGUGAAAGGGUAAGGUCUAAAAUUCAGGGCUGAGGGUUCCUGUUCAAGAUUGUUGUAGGAUGUGACUUUAUUCAUGGCUUGUGUUCACUUGACAUUAUUUAAUAUACAUUUCUCAAAGAAAAUUGAGUAAUUAGUAUAAUUUAUUAUUAAAUUGUUGCAGAGAUCAACAUUAUGUGGGCAGCCCAUCAGGUACAUCACAGUUCUGAGGAUUACAAUUUUACAACAGCUUUAAGGCAAUCUGUUGUGCAAAAUUACACCUCUGCGGUAAGUAUAGUCUCUCUUGGUUGUCAAGAAAAUCUCCUUAAUGAAAUAAUUAAAAUCAGUGUGGUCAGUUUGAAAUAAAUAAGGAGACACCUUGCACUGUAAUUCAGAUUAAGUAAUUCAGUGGCUAACAAACAAUUAAGUGUAAUGAUAGUGUAAGUUGAAUUAAAUCUUUAAUUGUUGCAGAUUUUUUACAUGCCUUUGGCCUUGGUGGUGCCUCCUUCAAUUUUCUUUGUGCAUAGUCAGUUCAAUAUGCUUUACCAAUUCUGGAUUCACACAGAGGUGAGAGUUCUUUUGUUUUUGAAUCUGUUAAAAAGAAGUGAUGCUCAUAGGACUUCAUUUAACCUUCAAGUCAAAAAAUUCAAAAUCAAAGUAAUGAAAGAAAAAUUAAAGAUAUGUACUCCUUGACUCUAUAAACAGAUAGUGCGCUCUCUUGGACCUCUUGAGUACAUUCUUAACACACCCAGUCAUCAUCGUGUACAUCAUGGUAAGAAUAAGUGUUAUAUUUUUUGGAUAAUUACUGUAAGUUUAAGUUUUAAAGCCUUGUUUUUCUGUUUUGAUUGAGUUGCUAAAACUAAACUUCUCUAGUAUGAUUUUAUUGUUAAAAAUUAUUUUGUUGCAUGAUGUGUUUAACUGUUUUUUUUUUGCAGGGAGAAAUCCAUACUGUAUUGAUAAAAACUAUGGUAAGUAAGUUUUAAAAGUUUCUUCUUUAAAUAAUGAUAGUGAAAUUAAAUGAACUACUGCAAGUAAUGUAAAGUGUGAAUGUAUGACAGUGCAAUCUCUUUUUUUUGUUGUUAAUUGAACUUGUUUCCCUUCCUUGCCUGGGCAAAAUAAUUUCUUGGAAUUUUCUCACUUUAGCCUGAUACUGUGGAGGAUUGCCAAUAAAAUUCAUUUUUAUGAAGAAUGUAUGUUUUGUUAAUUUUUUCAACUAUCCCAUAUCCAGGAUUUGUGAUGCUGAAAUUUUAAUUCAAUGCUAUUUAUGACCAUGAAGAGAAGUGGUGCAGUUGGUCAAGCAGACCAAAAAAAAGUACUAUAUGGGAUCAGGCUUCUGAUACCAGUGCUUAACAUAAUUUACAGUCUUAUUUUGUACAUUGUUUUUUUACCAGGUGGAACAUUGAUUAUUUGGGACCGAAUAUUUGGUAGGAAAAUUUUAUGAUCUAGAUAACUCUACUGUGUAUGGCACCUGCCUUGUCUUGAGAUCUAAAUGUGCUUGGAAAGAUACUAAAUCUUUUGCUUUGAAAAAAUUGUAUUUUUUAACCCUUUAACUCCCAGAAGUAAUUAACAUGAAACUUCUCCCUAUAAUACCAUAAAUUAUUCAGCAAAAAGGUAAUGAGAAUAUUCAAACUUAUCAGGUAGAAGCUAUGAUCUUGAUCUAGCACCGAGUUCUUAUAACUAAUUUACAAGAAAAUGUGUUGCAGCUAGAGGGCGAAUUAACAAUCAGAUCUUGGGAGUUAAAGAGUUAUGGGCCAGUUGCCUUUCACAAUGGGUGGAUUUUACUCAAGUCUGGCUUAUGUAAUUUUCAUAAGAUUGCAAUAUUUUUGAGGACAAUUUUGGCUCCAAAUUGUAGGAACAUUUCAAGCUGAAACAGAUGAAGAAAUAGCCUAUGGUCUGGUUCAUCCACUGGCCAGCUGGGAUCCCAUUUGGACUCAGGUUAGAACUCUUAUUUGCACCAAACAUUUAAGUCAAACAAACUUUACAUUGUUUGAUUAGUGGGGCCAUGCACAUCUGCAAGAUUUCCCAUAUGGAAGGCAAUGAAGUGAUGAUGUGUACUGCCACCUCGUUUACACUUGGAUGCAAAAUUUCUUAGCCCCAUUGAUUUGGUGAUAGAAGACUUGCUAGUAAUAUGAGAUACUGUUUUGUUUUUAUUACUUUAAGUCAUUCCUAUCUUUCCCUUAUCACAACUGGUCAGGCUCAAGCUUCACUUGCUCAGUGCUUCCUUUGCAGUGCUUUCAUGGCAGUUUGCAGUUGACCUUCCACCUAAAUUUACUUCAUCUCAUUGACUGAGGAUUGGCCAUGAUCAUCAUUUUAUUUAAAUACUUUUUAAAAAUUUGUAGUAUUUAAGGAGAUUGGUUUAAUAAUUUAACCAGCUGUUCUCUUUCCCAUCAGCUUUGCCAUUUCUGUCAUAUUUGGAAAACAUUUUGGGAAACACCGGGACUUAAAGAUAAGGUAGAGCACAAAAGACACAAUAUUAUUGAACAGUACUUCUUGUGUCCUCCAGGAUAUUUCAUAAACCUACUGCUUUAGAUAAGAUUUGUAAUGGAAAUAAACUUUUGAAAUGGCCAGGCAAUUAUUGCAAUUUUUAUUUUGACACAUUUCUAUUACAUCUUGCUCUUAGAUUUUUCUUCCUUUGAUUUAGCUUAUUCUGCAAGCAAAGUGUUCCCUAUCACCAAAACUUGAUUUCCUAGUAUAUGAACUGUCCACCUCCCCCACCCCAUACCUCCCCUUUCACUCAGGAUGGGAUGCUUGCCCAUUACUAAAGUAGUUAUCUUGCAGCAUGAAUCAAGAUUUUCCAAGGUGGAGGGUGGCAAUGUAAGAGCAAAGUGUCUUGCCCAAGAACAUCCAGCAAAAAAUCACUGUCUGGAAUUCAACAUAAAAACAAUGGGCCAAAGAAUCUCUCAUAUAACUUUGUGGUUAAAAGUGUUAACCCUUUGACCCCUAAGAGUGACUAGCAUCUAAUUUCUCAUUACAAUAUCGCCCCUGAAUCAAACAUGAGGGUCAUGAGAAUGAAAAUGAUCACCAACUAAAGAAGCUCUUGAUUGUUAAACAAAUUCUCCUGUCAGCACCCAUAGGAAAUGUAUAUAAAACAGUAUGGAGAAUAUUGAUGUUAGGGUACAAAGGGUUAAACCUGUUAUUAUAAAAUGGUGAAUUAUUGUUAAUUAAUCUAUUCUUGUUUUACAUCUACAGCUGGCUGUACUGUUCAAAGGACCUGGAUGGACUCCAGGAAAGCCUCGUUUGGGUGAUCCUGCAGAUCUACCAGAGGUAUUCAGUUUGUGUGGAAUCUUGAAAGUUAAUUCCUCUUGCAAUUCCCCAUUUGUUGCAUUUAUUUUGUGUGCUUAUUUGGGCAUAAGUGUUGUGUAAAAUUGUGCAAGAAUAUUUGACCAAUUGUGUUUUUUUUCUGAUGCAGAUCGAAUAUCCUAUUCAGAGGUAUGACAGUUCAUUGUCAUACUGGGGAAACGUUUAUGUGCUUGUGCAUUUUGCUGUUACCAUUGUGGCAUAUCAACUGCUAAUUGCAAGAAGGAUGGUAUGUUUCAUGUAAAAGUUUACCUUAAUGUUGAGUUACUUUAAAUUCUUUCCCAUCUUUUGUCAAAUUAAAUUCAGUUACGAAAUGUCUACGCAUACAAUUCCCAGCCAGAUGUAGGGUUUGAUCAAGUAGCUGGCCAGUAGCCUUGGACAUUCUGUUUUUUGAAAGUAUUUUUGUUUUGUUUGUUUUAUGUCUUCAGUUGAUGAGCCAACUUCAUGUGCUAGGAGUUAUCUCAUAUUUCCUUUUCACAAUUUCAAGUGUUGGAGCUCUGUUUGAUAACAAGUAAGGACUAUUCAUUUAAAAUAUGCUAUUGGAAGUUAUAAUUAAGAAACAAUGCCAGUGUAAACAGAGUUCGAACAUCUCGGUCAAGGAAUCCGAAUAGCUUACGGGAGUAAUCAUACGUGAAAUAUAUUUUGGUUCAUGCAUUGUCAGGAAAAGUUUCUUUCGUAAUUGUUCUGGUUUUGGGUGGAAGUUCAUCCAACAAUAAACUUUUCAUGCGAGACACAUUUUGUUUCAUCCAAAAAAUAUUGUUCAGUGCUGUUUGAUCACAAAGGUCAUUUGCCGUAAACACAUCUACUAAUUGUUGAUUUUUGUUUGUGGAAAUUGCAGGUGGUAUGCCCCUUACAUGGAGUUAUUCCGUUGUUUGUUGUUCCUCAUUGUUGAUCUUGUGCUGUCUUCUCAAAACUUAGACACUGGAGGUAAAUGGCAAUGAAUUUUAACACUGAUAAUGCCAGUCAUAACGUUUCGUUCAGAAUGUAACCCCAGCGAAAAAUUGAAUAGAACAACCAAGAGAAAGUUACGACCUCUAAAGCUAUUUCCCUGAUGCUUAGAAAAAAAAAUCAGAAAUAAAAAGCUUCUUUGGCCUCCGAAUUCCCAUUUGCUCUUACUUUAAGUAGAUAGUUAAAGCAUUAAGCACCUAAAUUUGAAAUGUUAUUUAUUUUGUUUUUUAAGCUAAAGAAUAUUUCUUGCGCAAAGUGGUGUGUGGGUCGCUCUCGACUACACUGCUUAUGUGCUCAAUACGUACCCAUUUGUAUGACCAAGAGGGAAAAUAAUAGUUAUUUUUUUUCUGUUUUUUUUUGUCUUUUUCAGUUCUUCCUACUGCUUACAUCGAUGUUAUUCGUGGAAUUUUCAUUGCAUCUGCGUUUCUCUGGAUAAUUGGUUCGUUGGUGAGCAAGAGCAAGUUAAAGAUCCAGUGAACCUCGAUAGCAUUCGCUCACGGGCUAAUUGUCGUGAUUACGAUUUCCAGCCAAUAGGAGGUUAUAAUAUCACCUGUUUGCUCAACAUCCUUAGAUCGUCAUGUCGGCAUAACAGGCUCCCAGAAAGUAGAUGACAGUGAACCCGAUUACACUCAUUAUUUAGGUUUUAUAUCUCACUCGGAGGUAUAAAAGAACUAACGUUAGAGACAUAUUUAUGUCUUACUACCGAAUUCGUAAUAGCAAAUCAUUUUCCACAUUCUCUACAAUACAUUACUUAACAUUUUAGCUCUGAGAAUUAGGUUUUAUUUAUCAAGCGAGAUUCCUUUGGUGAUUGUUUAAAUUUGUGUCAAUUCAAGUACAUCACGUCGGUUUUAUUGUUUUAUCUUCUCAUUACCUUCCUUCGUCAAAAUGUAU